AACUCUCUAUUUUCCUCUUGUACUCUCUUUCUCCUCGUAUUUAAACUCUUCUCUUCUCCUAAUCUCGGUAUCUUUGACACUCUUCAACUCACUUCAUUUAAACUCCCUCUUCUCUCGAUUUCUCUCUUACAAUCUCUCACUUUCUCACUCGCCGAGUUAACUCGGACGAUUCGAAACUUACUAACUUAGUCAUGGCGAUUAUCUCCGAUUAUACGGAAGAAGAGAAGAAGCCGGAGGUCAAGAAGAAGCCCUUGGCUUCUGCGUCCACAUCGUCCUCCUCGAAGACGACGCCGUUUAGUGCGACAUUUGAUGCUUCGAAUCCGUUAGGGUUUCUGGAGAAGGUGUUUGAAUUCGUGGCGAAUGAGAGCGACUUUCUGACCAAGGACACGGCGGAGAAGCAAAUCACGGCGGUGGUGCAAGCGGCCAAGGAGAAGAGAAAGAAGCCGGUGGAGGAUGACACACCUAAGAAAGUUAAGAAGGGGAAGGAUGAAGAUCAGGAUUUGGAGAACUUGCCGACGAUCGACGUUAAGAAAGCUCCGCCACAGGAGCCGCAGCGCGAUUCCGAUGGAAAUCCAGCUAUAGUUCCAAAUAAAGGUAAUGGCCUUGAUCUGGAUAACUACUCCUGGACACAGACCCUGCAAGAGUUAACUAUUAUUAUUCCAGUCCCUAAUGGGACUAAAUCAAGGUCUGUUGUGUGUGAGAUAAAGAAGAACCAUCUAAAAGUUGGACUCAAGGGUCAGCCUCCAAUCAUUGAUGGGGAACUUAGUCAGAGUAUCAAGCCUGAUGAUUGUUAUUGGAGCAUAGAGGAUCAGAACUCCAUCUCUAUUCUUUUGACCAAGCAGAAUCAGAUGGAAUGGUGGAAAUCAUUGCUGAAAGGAGGUCCUGAAAUUGACACUCAGAAAGUUGAACCUGAGAACAGUAAAUUAUCUGACCUGGAUCCAGAAACUAGGAAGACAGUCGAAAAGAUGAUGUUUGAUCAAAGGCAGAAGUCCAUGGGUCUCCCAACCAGCGAUGAGAUGCAGAAACAAGAGGUUCUAAAGAAGUUCAUGGCUGAGCAUCCGGAGAUGGACUUCUCAAGGGCUAAGAUCUCAUAAAUACAGCAGUUGAGAACCGUCUGUUAGUUAAUACACAGAUUAUGAUGUAGUUAACAUUAAAGUUUGUCGUGGAUUAUAAGUUUUGCAGGCCAAUAUGGGUUAAGUAUUUGUUUAUAUUUUGUUAACAUAAUCUUGGACAAAUGCGUUUUUUUCUUUUUUAUGAUGCUUACUGUGGUGAAGAGUCUUUCUUUUAUAUCUUAAGAAUUGGUGAUCUUGUGUACUUUCUUUGAUUUUCAGUUUUCUUUCUGGAUUUUCUUGAA